UUGAUUGGUCAGUGAAACGUUGCAUUGGAUUUCGGAGAUGGCGCUCUUCUUGUACUCAGCCGGCGCCAUUUUGCGCACUAGUUUGGUGAUUGCUGGGAUUUAUUUUAUCACGCCGCAUCGCGGCAAUCUAUUAUUACAUAUUACAGAUAUAAGGUGAAGCCGCCGCCAUGUAUCUGUACAAUUUAACGCUACAAGGCUCUACAGCCAUUACACAUGCGGUGCAUGGUAAUUUCUCUGGCACGAAACAGCAGGAGAUCAUCAUAUCACGUGGAAAGACAUUGGAAUUACUUCGACCAGACCCUAACACUGGAAAAGUGCAUACUUUGAUGAAAGUCGAGAUAUUCGGCAUUAUCCGGUCAAUGAUGUCAUUUCGGCUUACCGGUGGCACAAAAGAUUACAUUGUCAUUGGAUCAGAUUCCGGCCGUAUUGUAAUUUUGGAAUACAUCCCUGCCAAAAAUAUUUUGGAAAAGGUCCACCAGGAGACAUUUGGCAAGUCUGGAUGCCGGAGGAUUGUGCCCGGCCAAUAUUUGGCCAUAGACCCCAAGGGGCGAGCUGUUAUGAUUGGUGCCAUUGAAAAGCAAAAGCUAGUAUACAUUUUGAACAGAGAUGCAGAAGCAAGGUUAACUAUCUCAUCCCCACUGGAGGCCCACAAAUCUAACACCUUGGUGUACCACAUGGUCGGCGUAGAUGUUGGCUUUGAAAACCCUAUGUUCGCAUGCUUGGAAAUUGAUUAUGAGGAAGCAGAUGCUGACCCUACUGGUGAAGCUGCACAGAAAACACAACAAACCCUAACAUUUUAUGAACUGGAUUUGGGUUUAAAUCAUGUUGUCAGAAAAUAUUCAGAGCCUCUUGAAGAGCAUGCCAAUUUUCUCAUAACUGUACCUGGUGGGAAUGAUGGACCCUCCGGAGUACUUAUUUGUUCUGAAAAUUACCUCACAUAUAAAAAUCUUGGUGACCAACAUGACAUCAGAUGUCCCAUACCUCGACGACGGAAUGAUUUGGAUGACCCAGAGAGAGGAAUGAUCUUUGUAUGCUCAGCCACUCAUAAAACUAAAUCUAUGUUCUUCUUUUUGGCACAAACUGAGCAAGGGGACAUUUUCAAAAUCACCAUUGAAACUGAUGAGGACAUGGUCACUGAAAUUAAGUUGAAAUAUUUUGACACAGUCCCAGUUGCAACUUCAAUGUGUGUGCUGAAAACUGGAUUUUUGUUUGUGGCCUGUGAAUUUGGAAACCACUACUUGUACCAAAUUGCUCAUUUGGGUGAUGAGGACGAUGAGCCAGAAUUCAGUUCUGCUAUGCCAUUAGAAGAAGGCGACACAUUUUUCUUUGCUCCAAGGCCCCUUAGAAAUUUGGUACUGGUUGAUGAACUGGAUUCACUUUCGCCCAUCUUAGGCUGCCAUGUGGCUGACCUAGCUGGGGAAGACACCCCACAGGUCUAUUUGGCCUGUGGGCGUGGCCCACGGUCUUCAAUAAGAGCACUUAGACACGGUUUAGAAGUUGCUGAAAUGGCUGUGUCUGAGCUCCCAGGGUCUCCCAAUGCUGUAUGGACUGUCAGACGGCACAAGGAUGAGGAGUAUGAUUCUUACAUCAUAGUGUCAUUCGUAAAUGCUACGCUUGUACUCUCUAUCGGUGAAACGGUGGAGGAAGUGACGGACUCUGGGUUCUUGGGGACCACGCCGACGCUCAGCUGCCACGCGCUGGGAAACGACGCGCUGGUCCAAGUGUACCCCGACGGCAUUCGCCAUAUUCGAGCUGACAAAAGAGUUAACGAAUGGAAGGCGCCAGGCAAAAAGUCUAUCGUCAAAUGCGCGGUCAACCAACGUCAAGUUGUGAUCGCGCUCACUGGCGGUGAAUUAGUUUAUUUCGAAAUGGACCCUACUGGUCAACUAAAUGAAUAUACAGAGCGGAAAAAGUUAUCCUCUGAUGUAUCAUGCAUGGCCUUGGGAUCCGUGGCUACUGGAGAGCAGAGGGCCUGGUUUUUAGCUGUAGGCCUGAAUGACAACACAGUUCGGAUUAUUUCAUUAGACCCAUCGGAUUGCCUCUCGCCCAGAUCUAUGCAAGCCUUGCCAGCUGGUGCAGAAUCAUUGUGUAUUGUGGAGCAACCAUUUGAAUCGGGAGCCAAAUCUGCAUUGCAUCUCAAUAUUGGACUAAGCAAUGGUGUACUCCUAAGAACAACUUUGGAUUCCGUUAGCGGCGAUUUAGCAGACACAAGAACAAGGUAUCUUGGAUCAAGACCAGUAAAACUCUUCAAAGUGCGAGUGCAAGCAGCAGAGGCAGUAUUGGCGGUGUCAUCGAGAACUUGGCUGGGAUAUCACUACCAGAACAGAUUCCACCUCACGCCGCUUUCGUACGAGUGCUUGGAGUAUGCUGCAGGGUUCAGUUCAGAACAGUGCGCCGAGGGUAUCGUAGCAAUCUCUUCAAACACCUUGAGGAUCUUGGCACUAGAAAAAUUAGGCGCUGUGUUUAACCAGACAUAUCUGCCACUGGAGUACACGCCAAGAAAAUUUGUGAUAAACAGUGACAACAACCACAUCAUUAUUCUUGAGACUGACCACAACUCGUACACUGAAGACAUGAAGAAACAAAGAAGGGUUCAAAUGGCGCAAGAAAUGCGUGAAGCGGCAGCCGGCGGUGGCACAGAAGAACAGCAACUCGCUAACGAAAUGGCGGACGCUUUCCUCUCGGAUGUAUUGCCAGAAAAUAUCUUUUCCUCGCCUAAAGCUGGUGCAGGUAUGUGGGCGUCACAAAUACGCGUAGCCGACAUGGGCAUCGGCGGCGGGCAGCCCACCACACUAUUCAAGCUGCCACUAGAGCAGAACGAGGCAGCAGUGUCGGCAUGCGUGGUGCGCUGGGCUGCGCAGGGGCACUCGGCGCCGCACCUCGUAGUGGGCGUGGCUAAAGAUGCUCUGCUGUCGCCGCGGUCGUGUACUGACGGCAGCCUGCACGUUUACAAGAUAUACAACACUGGAAAAUUGGAAUUGGUGCACAAGACUCCCAUAGAUGAGUAUCCUGGAGCCCUAGCCUCGUUCAACGGGAAACUCCUCGCGGGCGUGGGCCGCAUGCUGCGACUGUACGACAUCGGCAGAAGAAAGUUGCUGCGGAAAUGCGAAAACAGACACAUUCCCAAUCUGAUAGCAGAUAUCAAAACCAUUGGACAGAGAAUUUUCGCUGCCGACGUACAGGAAUCUGUAUUCUGCAUCAAAUACAAGAAGAGGGAAAAUCAACUGAUUAUUUUCGCUGACGACACAAACCCGAGAUGGAUCACCAAUGAAUGCAUUUUAGAUUACGAUACAGUUGCGAUAUCGGAUAAGUUUGGAAACAUCGCCGUUAUGAGGUUACCACAGUCUGUUUCGGAUGAUGUUGAUGAAGACCCAACAGGAAACAAAGCAUUAUGGGACAGAGGUCUUCUCAACGGUGCGUCACAAAAGGGCGAAAUAACUGUCAACUUCCACGUCGGAGAGACAGUGACGUCACUCCAGCGAGCCACGCUGAUCCCCGGUGGGUCAGAGGCGCUGCUAUACGCAACAGUCAGCGGUUCGCUGGGCGUCCUGCUGCCGUUCACGUCCCGGGAAGACCACGACUUCUUCCAACAUCUGGAGAUGCACAUGAGAAGCGAGAACUCGCCGCUAUGCGGGCGCGAUCACCUCUCGUUCAGAAGUUACUACUACCCUGUGAAGAAUGUCAUCGACGGCGACCUGUGCGAACAGUUCAACUCGUUGGAGCCCGCGAAACAGAAAGCAAUAGCAAGUGAUCUGGAGAGAACGCCCGCCGAAGUCUCAAAGAAGCUGGAGGAUAUCAGAACAAGAUAUGCAUUUUAGUUUAAUAUUUCCAGUGAUUUACAUUAAGUACCUAAUUUUAAUAAAUAAGUUUAACAAUU